AUUUGAUAUUAGUUAGUAAGAGCUUAUUUGAAUUCGCGCCCUAGCGCCAAAUUUUGUCACCAGGCGCCGCACGCGCCGGAAUUAGCAGACGACAAAAGCACAUGUUGCUUUUGCCGGUUGAAGCACCUCAGAUUGGUGUGAACCACGUUUUGAUACAUAGCCUCUGCGCUUAUACAAUUUGUAAUUGAAAAAUCAAAGUUUAAUAAAUAAUGUAAGUGUGUUUCUAAAUUGCGCUAUUAUUUGUUACUGUUUCCAUUAUCAUCUACAAAACUCAGCGCAGAUUGCAGUGCAGAUCAAGAAGGAAAUACAAAUAUCAAUUCUACAAUAUGGAGUCUACAACCAGCGCGAAAGCACCAACAACCAACGAUGUAUCCGAGGUUAUGGCUGUAUACUUUGCUUCUCCGCCAGAGGGUCAGCAAAUAGAUGACGCCAAGUUAAAAUUCGAGGAAUCACCGACGGGUUUGGUCGCGCUUUCCAAGUCCGCUUUCAACAAAAUUGUCGCCGAGCGCGAUAACUUUUUGGCUCAACUAAAAAAGGCCGACAAAACAAUCGCCAAACUGCGCAAAGAGGUCAACACCUCAGACCCUAGCAUCAAUGCGGAUAUUGCUGAACAAAACCGCGAAAUCAUUCGACUGAAUCAAGAGCGUCGUAAAAUGUCCGAUCGUCUUACUGCAGCAGAGGCGGAAUCUAAAUCUUCAGCCGAACAAGAGGCCAAAUUCAAGGCCGAAGCCCAAUCCUACAGGAAGGAUUACAACGAAUUAAUAGCAGAUUAUUAUCAUAUCGAAGACCAGUAUUACCGUCUGCACAAUUUCUUCAAAUCCAGCAUUAAAGAGGUUUUCCGCGCCAUGACCGAGCUGCGCGAACCUAGACUACGCCCGAAAGCUCCAGAUGGAUGCCUCAACUGUGGAGUCUCUGGCCACAGCUACCGCUCGUGCGCAAAGGAAUAUACGGGUCUCUUCUGCCAAAUUUGUUCUCACCCAGACUUCUCGACAGACGACUGUCCAUGGCCGCACUAUUUAGAAUUGCCUAAACAACUACCUGACCACAAGCGAUGCAAGUGCUGCUGACGUCCGCGCAACAUGCCGGACCCGAACUGCUACGACUGUCGCAAACGUAUGAUACAAGAAAACAUCGCGCUGCGCAACCAACUUGCCAUCGAAUUGGAGAUUAAACACUCACUUCCUCCGGCAUUACCUAGGGAACCAAGCAAAAACGAUGACAAUCCCUCACCACAAGAAGAAGAAGGACUGACGCAGAAUACUUGUGCUCAAGAAGCCCUGCUCCUCGGUGCCGAAGCGUUACAAAAAUUGUCCCCACACGCUUCAGACGUCGCCAACGCUACCCUUUGGCAAAGCUUAGCUCAAGCCUAUAGCCUCGUCGUUGAUAAGGACGACACUCUUCAAGAAGAAGACGAAGAAGAUGAGAAGAAGUGAUCCUCUUUAGUGCGUGUCCAUCCUCAUAAACUAUUUUUAUUUUUGAUUAUUUUAUGCCGUUGCAUAAACCUUUAUUAUUUUAUUACUUAUUAAAUUUAAUAUCUAAGUUACAAAAAAAAAAAUUUCUUUCGUUUCUCAACGACUAUUUCAAUUAUGAUUUCAAGCGCCGUUGCGCAUUAGAAUUAUAUUCUAUUUUCUUAAAUUCUUUUUGUUAACUAAAAUUCAAGGUAUUAUUACGCCAACAGUAUUCAGCGAACAACAUUACAUUGUAUCGCGCGGAAAAAUUCCAAAGAAUAAUUUUAGGUAAACCUACCAAAGGAAGGUCAAAGUGCCUUUAUAAUUGUCUACCUCAUCGCUAAGACUUAUUGAAAAUAAGUAUACUCUAAUAAACUAAGUGAAUAAUAAAUUCAGUCUAAAUUAAUACUAUCUAGUUAAUCAUACCAGCUAUUAUUUUACGAUUGAUUAUUAGGAUGAGCAGUGAGACAUCAGUGAUAAAAUAAUUCUAAAUCCUUUUUACUUCUUUUCUAUAGUUUAUUUGAAUUUUAUAAUGAUAUUAUUAUUAAUAAUUAUUGAUUACUUUCUUUUAUGUUUCUUUUAACUUUAAACUUCUAAAUUGUUUUUCUUACUAGCCAAGAUUUCAUAGAAUGGAGAAAUUUAGCAAACUAGACUAAUUCAGAGCGCUAGUAACGAUUUAGAAAGGGGGAAUUGUAACGAUCAUAAUCAUUCCUGUAUUAUCAAUCGUUACAAUCGCUCAGAUUAUCAUUGUUAAUUUGAUAUUAGUUAGUAAGAGCUUAUUUGAAUUCGCGCCCUAGCGCCAAAUUUUGUCACCAGGCGCCGCACGCGCCGGAAUUAGCAGACGACAAAAGCACAUGUUGCUUUUGCCGGUUGAAGCACCUCAGAUUGGUGUGAACCACGUUUUGAUACAUAGCCUCUGCGCUUAUACAAUUUGUAAUUGAAAAAUCAAAGUUUAAUAAAUAUUGUAAGUGUGUUUCUAAAUUGCGCUAUUAUUUGUUACUGUUUCCAUUAUCAUCUACAAAACUCAGCGCAGAUUGCAGUGCAGAUCAAGAAGGAAAUACAAGUAAGUUUGUUAAAUCUCUCUACAUACUUGGCUCGACAAUGAAAAGGAGGAAGGAAAUAUUCUUG